AUGAAUGACUAGCAUCAGUUAAGAAGCCAGUAGUGGGACAAAAUCAGUAUAUAAAGGUCGAUGAUAGUAGAAAAAAAAAAAUAAACGUGGUUGAUGUAGUAACGAUAUCAGAGAGCACGUGUAUGAUAUGCAAGAUGCAAAUAACAUGAAAUGCGAAUAGUGAUUGUCAUAGUCAUCGUGUAAGAGAAGUUUAUAAUUUUUUGGAGUUCUAUAAUUAAACAUCAUGUGGGAAGAAAGCCUGAAUACUAUUGUUUUACCUACACUGUCCACCAUGGUUUUUUUUAUAUUCACCUUCAAUUUCUUAAGGUAUCUCAUGGGUGAUCCACAUAUUCAGAUUAGAGAUAUCACAAAGGAACAUAGUUGGAAGGCAAUCAAAGGAAUAACUAAGAAAUAUUUUUUAUAUAUAUGUAUUCAUAUACAGGCAUAUUACUGUAGUAUUUGUGAAGCUUUAUUGAAUAUCAGUGGUCUUUACUGUGAUUCUUGCGGUGUGUGUGCGGACCAAGGUUGUGUAAAGCUUGCUGAUAAGCAACUUAAGUGCAAGUCUAUUACUCUCACUAAUGAUCAAUCAAUGAAACAUCAUUGGAUCAAAGGUAAUCUGCCACUUGUUGCCAUUUGUUACAUCUGCAGAGAAGAGUGCGACAUAGAACCUGGUCUCACAGAUUGGUGGUGUUGUUGGUGUCAGAGAUGUGUUCAUGAAGCUUGCAAACCUGUUCUUUCUGAAAUAUGUGAUUUUGGGACGUUUAAAUUAAUGAUUAUUCCACCAGGGAGUUUAGAAGUGAUAAAUCGACGUAGAACAAUGAGGCGCAGAUUACACCUUCGUUCCAUUAUAACACCAAAUUGGCCUAAAUGGAAUCCAAUUAUUGUUGUAGGAAAUAGAAAGUCUGGGAAUAACGACGGAGGCCAAAUUCUAUCUCUGUUCAGAAGACUAUUAAAUCCUGCGCAGAUCGUGGAUUUAGCAGAACGCGAUCCGGUCGCCGCUCUCGAAUGGUGCCGCUUGUUGGGAAAAACUCCGUGCACUGUUCUUGUUGCAGGUGGUGAUGGAACGAUUGCUUGGUUGCUGAACACCAUUCAUAAGCUUAGCUUGAAGCCUGUCCCAUCUGUAGCAAUAAUUCCUUUGGGGACAGGCAACGAUUUGUCCAGAGUAUUAGGAUGGGGAAAGGAACAUGAUAAGCAUAUGGAUCCGGUCGAAGUCCUGCAGAAUAUACGGAUUGCGCAAGAAGUAAAGCUUGAUAGAUGGUCCGUUAUGAUAAAACCAUACGGCGGACUGGGAUUCAGAGGAUCAGAUCGGACACUGUUUAUGUACAACUACAUAAGUGUGGGUGUGGACGCACAAGUAACUUUGAAUUUUCAUCGUACAAGAGAGAGUCGAUUUUACUUGUUUAGUCAUAGAAUAUUCAACAAGUUAUUAUACUUAUGCUUUGGCACGCAACAAGUCGUGGAAAGAGAAUACAAAGAUCUUGAACAAAGUUUAGAAGUCUAUUUAGACGACCAAAAAGUGGAGUUGCCUUCCAUUGAGAGUGUAGUGAUACUCAAUAUUCCAUCUUGGGCUGCCGGAGUCGAUUUGUGGAAAAUGGGAAUGGAAGACGAAGAACACGUGAAUGUACAGAGUAUUAACGAUGGCAAAUUGGAAGUAGUAGCUCUUUACUCUUCAUUUCAUAUGGCUCAGCUACAAGUAGGCCUCUCAAAGCCACAUCGAAUUGGUCAAGCUAAAUCUGUAAAGAUCAAAUUACUACGGUCGUGUGCUAUACAAGUGGAUGGUGAGCCAUGGUAUCAACACCCUUGCGAAUUCAACAUAACGUAUUGCAAUCAGGCAUCUAUGUUGAUGAACAAUGCUGACUAACUGAGCACUUUCAAAUGUGGUAUCGCAUACAUUUUAUGUGCAUUUGUACAAAUGCAUUUAUUCGUGUACAUGUCGUUGUUCGAGUAACGAUAUUCAACUCGCAUAAACUCGAUUAUAAGUCAGCUUUUUGAUGAUGUGUAGUAUUUACAAAUAUUAUACAAUUUGUAUUGAUGGUAUUAUGGAAGUAACUAAGAAUCUCUAGUCAGUUACUCCUAAGUUAUAUAAAUUGUAAGUUGCAUGUGAUAUAAAUUGUGUUAAUUAUAUAAUAAUUAUAUAUUAAUUAUAUAAUUACAUAUAAUUAUUAAUUACAUAUACAUAAUUAUAAUAAUUAUAUAAUUAUUAUAUAGUGAUAUAUACGUAGUGACUACAAUUAAAUAUAUGACAUGCAGUGUAUUAAUUAGUGCAACAUUUCUAACGCCGUUGUACGUAAGACGCUUAUGAAAUAUUGACGUUUUAGUGAGAUUAAGAUCUUUUAGAUGUUACAAAAAAUAUUUUUUUAUAUAAAGCUAACAAGCUAA